AUGAAAACAAUUAUUCGUGGAGUGAUUCUCAAGGACUAUUUGACGUUUAAAACACUGGUGUCUAAAGUUUUUGGUAUUGCGAUGUCUCUCGGCAGUGGAGUUCCAAUUGGUAAAAUGGGUCCCUUCGUGCAUCUUGCAUCGGUGGCGGCGAAUCAACUUUCACUACUGGCAUCACACUUCGAUCCAGCUUUCAAAAAUGAGGCAAGAAAAGCCGAGUGCUUUGCAGCCGCAUGCGCCGUUGGUGUUGCUUGCACAUUUAGUGCACCUAUUGGU